AUGGCAGAAAAUGUCAGUCGUAUUGUCCAUAAUUCGGUCGGGGCCAGGCUUUUGCCUAUCAGCGGAAACAACCAGCAGGUGGAAAAUCUGCAGGAAACCGUGCAAGCCAGGGCCACCCCACCGGACGACGCGAUAGGGUCCCAGAUUCUCGAUUCAUAUUUCCUCAAUAUGCACCUGAGGCUCCCAUUCCUAGAUCGUACGGAGAUUCUACAUCUGCAUGCGAAACGGCACCAACUGCCCGACAAUACGCCUGAUGCACACUUUGGAAAAUUCAAACUAUUCAUGGUUUAUGCGAUCGGAAGUGCAAUUCGUCAUACGACAGACAAUGAUAACUCAAAAUCACCGAAUGAAUUCCUCGUGAUUGCUUUGGAGUUUGAUCCUACCUUGAGAGAAUCCAUCUCGAUUGCCAGCAUUGAGGCAAUGUUGCUACUUGUUGUAUACAAUUUGCGAUCGACUUCCAACUCCAGUGUCUGGUAUAUGAUCGGAUUAGCUAUGAGAACGUGUCUGGACUUCGGGCUUCACAGGGAAUCAAGCUAUCGAAAACUCCAACCGCAUGAAACUGAAUUACGACGACGUCUUUUCUGGAGUGUUUAUCUCAUCGAGAGAUAUACCGCGUGGUCUAUGGGAAGACCAUUCAGUGUUGCAGAAGAGGAAAUUGACGCUGCGCCCCCUUCCAAUAUUGAUGACUCCAUCACCAAUGACAGUGUUAUUGACAAGAUGCUGCAUAACCGGUCCGUCGGGCGGGGCAGAGCACACAAAGGUACACUUGGAAGGUUCAUCGCUUCGAUCCAGCUGCAGCGGAUCGUGUCUCGAAUUCACACGCGCAUUUACCGUGUUGACGCCCAAGUGUCUGCUCUUACUUCAGAGAUUGGACCCUUACUAUCAUCAUUACUGGAGUUCAAAGCCACACUAGCAGCACUUGACGUGGAAGAAGGCGACUUCCUGCAUAUGCACUGGAACAAUUCAAUACGAAUAUUGCUGCAACCUUUCCUCGGUUUCUUGCACCCCCAAGACAGUCUUAUAGAGACGUGCCUCUUUGCAUCGGGUCAGAUGUGUCAGUUCUUUAAGAAGCUUAGACAGCGAGAGUCUUCUUCGGGAUCCUCGUACUUACUCGUGAACUCGGUGUUUAUGGCCGGCAUCACAAUGUGCUACUGUCUAUUCCGAUCCCCGGGGCUGUGGACGCCCGCAGUAUCUAACGAUCUACGUGCCUGCUCGUCGGCACUGUUCCUUAUGGCGGAGCAUAAUCCGCGCCUCAAGACUUACCGCGAUGGACUCGAGACAAUCAUCAAUAAAGCAAUGGAUUUUGUUCAGGAGGCUUCUAGACCACCACACGCAGGCCCAGACGAGUUGUCUACCCAUGGAACGGAUCACGGGUCGUUGGCAGGGACAGUCGUCCCCGUGGAACCAACACCAGGGCUCGCCCCUCAGAUGCAGCCAGCAUCAGAGGACGUUUACAAUGACACAACCACCGAGCGGUUUGACUCAAUUCACUCUGACCUGUUCUCGGAUCUCCACGACAUUAUGAAUUUGCAAGGAGAUAGGUCCGGCAAUGAUAUGGAUGGCAUUCUUCCUUUUCAUGGAAUCUUUACGGAGGACUUUUGGGCCGCUGAUGCCUUCAAUUUGCCUACCUUCGAUGGCUUCGGGUGGCGAUCUUGA